AUGCUGGCCGCUGCCGCAGUCGCGCCGGUCAUCACCCCGCCGCCCUCCUACUACCUCCGCAGCGGCGUGCCACUCAGCUACAGCGCCCGGCGCCACGGCAAGACCGGCGGCGGCAGCAGGAGUAGCGGCAAGUACUUCGGGUACAAGCUCAAGUGGGUCAAGGUCAGCUUCAUCCCCACCGUCUUCCGCCGCCUCGCCUUCGGUAAUAAGUCGAGGUCCUCAUCGUCGGCGGCGUCGGUCAAGUCCACGUCGUCGUCCUCUACACGCUGGCUCUUCUCCAGCUCCAGCACCGCCGACGACGCCGAAGCCCGGGAGCAGGAGUACUGCGGCUACGAUCCUGCUGGUGAGCCGCGGACAAAGGGGGUGUUCUGCCUCGGCAUCCGGCCGAGCCCGUGGAUGGUGCAGUUCUGCAGCGGCCACGGCCAGAGGGAGCAGACUGGCUGGGUGUACGGCUGGCGCCCGUCGUAG